ACUGCGAACCCGAUUCGAUUCGAUUCCCCCCCCCCCCCCAUCCCAUGGCGGCCGCCCUCUCCUCCUCGCGGCGCGGUCUGCACGCUCUCCACCGCCGCCUCCUCCUCCACUACUCCCCCGCCGCUGCGCGCCGCCCACCUCCCACACCCACCCUUCACCACUUCUCCUCCCCUUCCGCGCCGACCACCUCCUUCUCCUCCUCCCGCUUCUUCACCGCAACGCGCCCCCAUGCGAGACUGCGGCCCGAGCUCCUACCGCCGGUGCCGCAGCGGGCGCAGUGGCUCGUGGGCGGGGCCAGGUCGGUGGCGACUGGCGGGUCCAAGCUGGCGCCGCUGGGGUGGGGGGUGAAGGGGCUGGGGCGGCCAGUGGAGGCGGCGAGGAGUGUGGCGGCGCGGUACCGGCAGGCCGUGGGCCUGCAGGUCGAGUCCUUCUGGAGGCGCAACUACAUGGUGCUCGUCGGCGCGGGGGCCGUCAUCGUCUGCAUCGCGCUGUGGAGGAUCAUGUUCGGCAUCGCCAGCACUUUCGUCGGGCUCUCCGAGGGCAUGGCCAAGUACGGCUUCCUCGCCCUCGCCACCGCCAUUGUCGCCUUCGCCGGUAUGUACUUCCGUGCAAGAUUGACCAUAAAUCCUGACAAGGUUUAUAGGAUAGCGAUGACAAAGCUCAAUACAUCUGCUGCAAUCCUUGAGGUCAUGGGCGCACCCUUAGCUGGUACUGACGUCAGAGCAUAUGUUAUGUCUGGAGGGGGUCCUAAAUUAAAGGACUUCAAAUUUAGGCUUGGUGGCAAACGGUGCUUCCUCAUCUUCCCCAUUAAAGGAUCAGAAAGAAAGGGUCUCGUGAGUGUUGAGGUCAAGAAGAAAAAGGGACAGUAUGACAUGAAGCUACUAGCUGUUGACAUACCAAUGGCAUCUGGGCCUGAUCAGCGGUUAUUCCUUGUCGGUGAUGAACAAGAGUACAAGGUGGGUGGGGGCUUGAUAUCUGAGCUGCGAGACCCUAUAGUAAAAGCUAUGGCUGCAGAGAAGGAGUUUGAUUAUCUUGAUGAAAGAGAGGAUGCGGAGGAUGAACGUAGGGAGCGUGAGGAGGCCGAGCUACGGCAACAGGAAGAGGAAGCCGAAGCAUUGAGGCGCGAGGAGGAAAGAUUGCGCGAGGAGGCUGAAGAAAGGAGGCGGCGGGACACUGAGAAUCUGGAGAAAGCUAUUUGACACACUUAACUGUGUCGAUUUUUCGUGUUGUGCAUUGUUUUCGUUCCCUUCACUGCACCAUGUAGCACACAAUUGUUUUCGUUUCCACAGAAAGAGAACACUGCAAUUCGCCAUUGAGCCGUCAUCUUUCACAGCGUGUCAAGAAAGAAAUAAUUUUGGCUGCUCCGCAACUGAUUACUUCGGGGAGCGCUGUAAUUUAGUGGUUUCUUAAUGGUUAACCUUUUGCUGCA